AUGACCGAUGAUUGGAUCUCCUGGGUGUCAUCUUUCGGACUCAACUAUAAUCAAACUAUCGACGACUUCUUCAACGAGAACGCUCAACUGGUUGGAGAUCCAGGCUUCAUCCACGAAAGGUUCCAACAGCUCUACAUCCUGCUCAAUUAUGUCGACCAGGCGCUCUCCGCUUCGGCUACCCUGCGUGAUUCUUUCAUCGAGCGAAUUGAAGUCCCGCGUCUGAAGGAGAUCGAAAAAUCUAUAUUAUCACAGGAGCGUGUCGCUCGAAGA